AUGCACUAUUCUCCUGUAGUUGUUAUGCCUACUAUUGUAGUUGCUAUGACUACUAAAUUCAGAUCCACACAUCUGAUUCCAUAUUCCGCAAGAGAAGGGGAAGCAAAGAAAGGAAUCACGGAAGUGUUAGAAAGAAAACGAAGCAAUGGAAGUUUGACAAGUUCCAGCAGUAAAGGAAGCCACCAAGAUGAGGAAGAACUGAGAGCUCAACAACAGACAAAGAUAAAAAAGCGUCCAGCUCCUCUUCCACCCUCAGAGAGGAAAAACUGUACUAUAGGGCUCUGUGACAGUACAGGAUGGGAGGAACGAGUUAAUAAUAGUCAUAGUUGCCUUCCUGUGUCCCACUCCAGAGGCAGUUCUGGAUUGGAGGAACGAGUAAAUAAUAGUCAUAGUUGUCUUCCUGUGUCCCACUCCAGAGGCAGUUCUGACUCGAGUGGAUAUCAUGAGGCUUCUGUGUUUAGUGAACUCCAAGAGAAUAGUUAUCUUUCUACAACUAUAGAGGAAACUGAUUUUUCUACACCGACUAAGAGCUUGACAAGUUCCAGCAGUAAAGGAAGCCACCAAGAUGAGGAAGAACUGAGAGCUCAACAACAGACAAAGAUAAAAAAGCGUCCAGCUCCUCCCCCACCCUCAGAGAGGAAAAACUGUACUAUAGGGCUCUGUGACAAUACAGGAUGGGAGGAACGAGUCAAUAAUAGUCAUAGUAGCCUUCCUGUGUCCCACUCCAGAGGCAGUUCUGACUCCAGUGGAUACCAGGCUUCUGUGUUUAGUGAACUCGAAGAGAAUGGUUAUCUUUCUACAACUAUAGAGGAAACUGAUUUUUCUACACCGACUAAGGUCUCUAAAAACCACAAUUUCAACCUGACAAUCACUUCCUCAACAUCUAAUAUACUUGCAGGCAGUGCAAGUGAAAAAAAACGAAAAGCACCACCACCACCACCAGCUGGAUCAAAGAAAAGCACCAGCAAGACUCAGGUUGAACCAGUCAGAACCAGUAAGGCACAUUUAGAGGCAACUAAUGAGAGUCGAGCUAGAAUUGGAAACAACAGCGAUGCACGGUUUGAGCGACAGUCAGAAAAGCCAGAUGAAUUUCGUGACAUUGAUCCUGACUGGCAACUUGCUAAUGGUUUUGCUACUACGAAAGAAUAUAAUUCUGACAUCACAGAUCAGGAAGAAGUCCGUGACCAUAUUAGAAGUAGUGAACUAGAAGUUGUAAGCACUUCUGAUAUGGCGACUUUUUUACCUCAUAUCGAUCAGAAGAUUACCAAUCAACAACCUCUUACACACAUGGCCACUGCUUUUCCUGUUGUUGAACAGGAUAUAAUCCUAAAUGCUUCAGUCUGGAGGGACACUUUCCCAGGAUCACCUUCUUCAUUUGGAAGAGACAAGUAUAGUGAUGAAGAUUUUCACCACCUUGUUGAAGAGAAAAGUAGCUUAAGUGAUGCUGUUGUUGAACCAACACGUUUGCUUUCCGUUGAAUCAGAACUGAAUGAUCGUGGCCAAUGUGUUCAGAAGACAGCUCCAUCUACCGGUGAAAAUUGCCAAAAGUCAAUUCCUGUCAACUUUAAAAUUGGUUCGUAUAAAAAGGAGAAGGAAGACAUUUACACGAUUAAUACUGAGGAAGGGCCUGUUGAAGAGUUGGAGAAUCAGGUCAGAUUAAAAUGCACAAAUCCCUCUGAACUUGAAUCAUCACCUUUGACCUCCAUGUUAAACCUUGUGUCACAUCUAGCUGUCAAUCGUAAAGACGAACUCUCACAGAAGAGCAUGUAUUAUAGUGAUUCAGAGCACCUGAGAAAAGUUCAACUUACACAUGACAUUAAAAGCAAAGCUUUGAAUCUGAAGCUUUCAGACCAAAGCCAUCAAUUCCACGCUAAAUAUGGGCUCGUAAAGGAAGAGUUGGUUCUGAGGAAAGAGCAAUUUGCACAAAAUCAGAGUUUUAUGAAAAAUGGGGAGAACAACACAGUAAUUUGUGUACCAUUUGUGGAUCAGAAUUCGCUUAGGACUAAGAACUCAAAAAACAAUGUAAGUAAGUCGUUGAAUGUUAAAUACCAAGACAUUUCUAAACAAAAACACCAACAAGAUGUUAGCAUGGUUAAAACUAGACAAAGUUCGACCACAGAGGGGCAUCAAAGAUCAAAAUCUCAGGUAUCAGCAAAUGUUACCAUUAGCUCGUGGCAACAAAGAAGCCAACAAGAUGAUUCCAGCAAGUACAAGAGCCAUGGUAUGGAGAAUUUAGUUCAACAGUACUCAAAGUGGGAGUUAUCUGCCACAGAAAUAAAUCAUGCUGCUACUAGCAACACUAGUGCCACGAAUGUGUCAAACUGUUCCACAAAAUACUCCGAGGAAAAGCCACAGAUAGAGUUUCAAAUCAAUAGUCCGAUAUAUCCAAGCUCAACAGCUUCAAAAUCAUUUCAAACAGGGAAAUGGAAGCAGAAUAUUACUGGAAACCAAAACAACGUACUUGGUUAUAGGGAAUCUGAACGGGAACCAAAACUUACAAGAGUGAACAUUACUACCGAUAAAUCAAGUGUAGCUCACUCUUACGUUCGUGCUCCUAUACUAAAAAGUUUCUCAGAAAAUACGGUGCAAAACCUAUUAAAUGAGUCACAGAAGAAGAUUAUCGACAGGGAGCAGAAGGAAGAGUUUAUAAAGCCAAAUACAGAAGCCGAAUUCAAUAACAUAUUCAUAAAACACAGCCACGAAGAAGAAGAAUCAAAGAAUACCAGAACAGCUUUAAGUAGUGUGAAGAUUAAACUCCUUACAAAUUCUGAAAAAGAAUUCAAUGGUUUGAUAAAUGGCUACCACAACACUUCCAAAACUCCUCCUACUCCCUCUAUCCAGUCGUCCUCCACUUCAGAGCAAUACCUCACUUGUAAGAACAAGUGUAAAGAGGAGGAGAGAAUCUAAGAUGCUUGACAUAUUGAUCCAAGAGAUAAACUGAUGAUCGAACUCGGAAUCUUUGGAGGAAGGACAGCCCUUUAGACGGUAAACUGGUCAG